GCUGCUGGUGCUCUCGAUGAGCCUCCGAGCAGUCACUUCCUGUUUCCUGCGUGAUCCGCUGCAGAGAGCGCGACGGGUCCGGUGGGGAGGAGAAGUAGGUUUCUAAGACCAGAACCAUGGACAAACACAAAGUGAAAAGGCAACGCCUGGAUCGAAUCUGUGAGGGUAUCCGGCCACCAAUUCUUAAUGGUCCUAUGCCUUCCCGUCCAUUGGUUGCCCUUCUAGAUGGAAGGGAUUGCACAGUCGAGAUGCCUAUUUUAAAGGAUGUUGCCACAGUUGCUUUCUGUGAUGCUCAGUCUACACAAGAAAUUCAUGAGAAAGUAUUAAGUGAAGCUGUGGGAGCCCUUAUGUAUCACACAAUCUCCCUAUCUCGAGAGGACUUAGAAAAAUUCAAGGCUCUUCGUAUUAUUAUACGAAUUGGUAGUGGAUAUGAUAAUAUUGAUAUUAAGUCUGCAGCUGAUUUAGGCAUUGCAGUUUGUAAUGUUCCCUCAUCCUCUGUGGAAGAGACAGCGGAUUCUACUCUCUGCCACAUUUUAAACCUUUACCGACGAGUCACAUGGCUGCACCAAGCUAUGAGGGAAGGGAAUCGAGCCUCUAGUGUGGAACAAAUCAGAGAGGUUGCUGGAGGGGCUGCAAGAAUCCGUGGGGAGACUUUGGGCAUCAUAGGACUUGGUCGAGUUGGUCAAGCAGUUGCUCUGCGUGCCAAGGCUUUUGGCUUCACAGUCAUAUUUUAUGACCCCUACCUAGCAGAUGGUGUAGAGCGUUCUCUGGGCUUGCAGAGGAUGGCGACUCUACAGGAGUUGCUAAUGCACAGUGACUGCAUAACUCUGCACUGUAGUCUGAAUGAGCACAACCAUCACCUCAUCAAUGAUUUCACCAUAAAGCAGAUGCGUCAAGGAUGCUUCUUGGUGAACACUGCUCGCGGAGGACUGGUUGAUGAAAAAGCACUUGCCCAGGCUUUGAAAGAUGGCCGAAUCCGUGGUGCUGCUUUAGAUGUCCACGAGUCUGAACCCUUUAGCUUUUCUCAGGGACCUUUGAAAGAUGCUCCUAAUUUGAUCUGCACCCCACACACUGCCUGGUACAGUGAACAUGCUUCAAUUGAGUCAAGAGAAGAGGCAGCUAAAGAAAUCCGUAGAGCCAUUGCAGGUCCGAUUCCAGAUGCUUUGAGAAAUUGUGUAAAUAAGGAGUAUCUGUUGGCAGCUGCACAGUGGACAGGAAUGGAAUCUGUCCAUCCAGAGCUCAAUGGGGCAGCAGGAUAUAGGUUUCCCCCAGGAGUUGUGGGAGUAGCUGCUCCAGGACACCCAGCUGCAGUGGAAGCGCUGAUGGCUCCUUCACAUCCUUUAAUCCCCUCUGUUUCCCACACUCCAUCACCUGGACAGACCAGCAAACCUGACCCAGACAGAGAAAUUCCUACUGACCAGUAGCGAUACUACUCUUCAUUUUGUUUUCUCUUUUGUUUAUUACAUAUGUUUUCUUUGUUUUUGUUUUUUCUUUUUGUUUUUUUAUUUUCUUUAAAUCACCACUCCCAUAUUUGUGCUCUGCUUCCCCUCAGUAUGGUUUGGGGAAGAAGGGCGGGAAUCCAGGUCUUUUCAGCAGCUUUACCCGGUUGAUGGAAUCAGGCUGCGAGCCCUGAGGUGUAUCAUCUCUCCUCACACCGGAAAGGAGAAUGUUCUUAUCAGUGUCUGGAAACCUUUAGAUAAUUGCCUUUCAACAGAUCUAUUUUUUAACUAAUUUAGUUUUAAGUGAAAUACAAUACGGGUGGGUUGUGCUUCUGUGUGCUGGGGCAGGCUGAUCUUUCUGCUUCCUCUAGUACAAGACAUGGCCAGUUGUCUCAGGGAGCUGAGGCAUCACCAAAUUUUAAGAGUAGUAGGUGUCUGCUAGUCGGAGAUGUAUGUUAGUCCCUUCAGUGCUAGAAAUGCUGAAACGCAUUAUUUUCCUAACAUACAUUACUCUCCUACCUCACUGAGAAUAAAUUAGGGAGAGUAUAUAAUCUGUGCAUCUGUUCUACAAGAGGAUCAUUGUUUUAUACCAAGAAGCCACAAAAGUGAAUUAUGUUAAUUUGCUGAAAUAAUGAUUGAUUAAUGCAUGUAAAUUCAUUAUUUUUGUGGAGUUUCUAUCUCAGGUUCUUUCAGUCCUUGUAACAUUUCUCACCUGAAGGGUGCGGUAACUGGAUGUUAAUUGUCUAAGCGCACACCAGCUGCAGAUCUCCUGCGUAUGGUGUGAAGUGUGGAAUUGGGCAUUAGUUUACUUGUUCCUUACAAUUAUGUUUCUUUCAAGAGUUAAUGGUUUUGGGUGUCCGAAAGAAUUUAGAUUGUUUGCCAGGAUUAUCCUAACCAUGUAGUUGGCUAAAGGUGAUGCAUUGCACUUCAUCAGUGUAGUAAGGAGCAGGAGUCCAUAGCUGUAUACUCAUUUUGUCGAGGAAGCGUCCUUGUUCCAUAUAACUCAGGUUCUCAAACUCAGUCCUCAGGACCCCACACAGUGCAUGUUUUGCAGGUAACCCAGCAGGUGCACAGGUGUAUUAAUUACUCACUGACACAAUUUAAAAGGCUCACAGGUGGAGCUAGUUAUUUCACUUGGGAUUCUGUGAGGAGACCUGCAAAACAUGCACUGUGUGGGGUCCUGAGGACCGAGUUUGAGAACCUGUGCCAUAUAGUAAGCCUUGUAUGAUUACCUUUUUGUUUUCUUUACCGUUUGUCUCAGAAUAUUUAAGACCUUUAUUUUUUCAGUACCGUGGACUAAUUGUGAAUAGAGUGCAUUCAUCAUUUUUCAAUUUGCUAUGAUGUUCUAAGUCUCAGGAUAAGUUGCAGGUUCAGGAAGAUGGUAAUAGUUAUGAAUGGGUAGUGUAGCAGCUUACUGAUAGCAUACUGAGCUCUAGUGAGCAAGAAGAAUAUAGUGUUUGUAUAUUCCAUUGUGUCUGUGUCCCUCUCUAGAGCUAUGGAUCUGUAUGUGUUUAUAUAUAUAUAUAUAUAUAUAUAUAUAUAUAUAAUGGGUGUGGUAUGCGUGAUCGGUGGUCAGGAGACCGCCGGUCAACAUACCGACGCCGGGGGGAGGUAUUGUGAGACGGCCGGUCACAAAACUACAUCCCAUAUACAUACAUACAUACAUACAUACAUACAUACAUACAUACAUACAUACAUACAUACAUUAGUUCUAUCACAAGGUGGCAAUAAAAAUCACUUGAAUAGAGCAACAAUUGUGCAGUGUGUCUUCCAUAAAACAGCCAUUUUCAUUUGAAGAACAGAGCGUAACCUAUCAGGUUGAAUAUCCAGCAAAUGACAUCUAAUGCUGUCUUUCAGACCUGACAGGGUAUGACAAUCCUACCCACAAUCAAAAGUCGCAUUGGGUAAGGUCCUGUGACCAGGAUAGGCAAGAUACCUUGAAAGUAAAGGCUAAUGACUCGUUCUUUAGCAAAGUGUUGCCUUUACAAUUGUUGCCCUAUUGAAGUGAUUUUUUUUUUUUUUUUUUUUUGUAUAGUCACCUGGUGACAAAAUUUUGUUUCUUUUUUCCAGUAAAAAAUUGCUAGCGCAUUGUCUAAAGAACGUGCUAGUAGUUUGAGUAUGGAUACUUUAAUUUAUAAUAUAUACUAUGUAUGUGUGUGUGUGUGUGUGUGUAUAUAUCUAUACACUUACACAAACGUGUACACAUGUUGUAAAUUGUAUGUAUUUUGAAGGUAAUGACUUCUUAAAUGACUCAUGAUUAAUCAUACUAAAUACUACUCAUUGAUCAAAAUGCAGAAAAAUGUUUUGGAGUUUUCUGUGUUCAGGUAGACCUGCCCCAGGGUAGACUCGUAUGCAUAUAGUCACACGUCCUUACAGCUAAUAUUUUUGUUUUUAAAAUCGACAACCAAUGUUCUUUAAUAGAGCUAGAUUUUGUUUUGUUUGUUUUUUUAAAUCAAUUACGUCCCUUUCAUCCUUUUUAUAUUGCACAUUUACCAAUCUGUAAUUGUCUGUUAGCCAUAGUUACUUAUAUGUAAAUACGUUUUUGGAAUUAAGUAAAAAUUGAAUCGGACUCGCUCAUUGUGUUUAGUAAUCGGCUUCUGCGUGAGGCUUCAUCAAUAUCUCAUGGUUUUCAGUCUAGCAUCACACAGCAGUUGGCACCUGAAGGCAAUCGCGUAAAGAAAAGCUCCACUCAGCUUGGGCUCCCUUACUAUGCAGUCGCUCUUUAGUCGGCAGCAGAAGGCGCCAUCUUGUGAGCUAGAAAGUUGCUGGACAAGAGCUGCUGCCACAAGUUGGAAUCUCCUGCUUAUAAUCAAGCAGUAGUUGUAUAUUAAAGGACUAUAUGCCAGGGAAAUAUCCCGCUGGAAUGUUUCCCAGGAAAAGGUGUUUAGGUGGCUUUCUAACAUGGAAAACUUUAUUUUGAGGGGAUUCUUUUUUUUUUUCUUCAAUGCCUAAUGCAAAAUAUGAAGUUUAUUAAAUGAUCUCAUUGUCCUAAAUUACUUCAUAAUUAUCUAGCCAAGGUGAGACUUGCCGCUACAAACAACUGCUUUCCCAUGUUUAUUUCAGCAGAUUCAUUAGAUUAUCUGCCACAUAUGUUAAGCAUGAUAGAUUAAAUGAUCUUUAAAUACAAUCAAGGCAAAUAUUUUUUGGGAUGAUGUUACACCACUACUUUGUGUGCAAUUAUGGAUUGAAUUACCACUGGUAAAGUAAAUUGUGCUUACCUGUCAUCCUGUUGUCCACGUUUUAUAAUUGGUAGCCACCAGCACUGGUUUUGCCUAUCACUUUGACUAUAAAUAAUUUGGUUUGGUCCUGGACUACAACUCAAGGCACCCCUAGAAGAGCCUCGCGGCACCCCAUGGUGCCCAGGCACACAAUUUGGUAACCACUGGUCUCGUCCCAUUCCACCGCUUUAUUUUAGUGACUGUCAGCUGAUUUAGGCCCAGAUCUUUCAAGCCUGGGAGAGGGAUAAAUUGCAUGUUGAUAAUGUUCCAGCCUAUCAGCUACUAACUGUCAUGUUACAGGCUGUAUAAAAAAAAAUUUUUCAGGAGCUGAUUGGUUGGUACCUACCAUGCAAUUUAUUGCUCUCCAAGGGUUUAUAAAUAUGGGCCUUAGUUUGCUGACCUCCUCAUGCUGUAAAAAAGUAGUGACCUCCAGCUUUUUUUAUAAUCCCACAAAGAUAAUUCUCACUGGGUACUUAUGUUAAUUUCUUACUAUAAUACACUGGGCUGUGUUAACUCAGGCCACCAAUUGAUACUUACGUGUGUACCCUUUUUUAAUUCAUAUCCUCAUAUUUCCAUUCCAACUUCUACAACUAAGCUUGUGUUUCUGGCUUGCUGGUACUGUUUAUCUGAUUAUUUUCAAUAAGCUGAAAAGUAAUUGCAUCAAUUGUCAGUGGUUUCCAGUGCUCACCUUCCAAAAGGCCCAGCUUCACAUUUGAUUGCAUUGUGUUUGUUUUGUAAGUACUAUCAGAUUGACACACAGCCACAGAGAGACAAAGGAAAAAGCCUGACCUCUCAUGUUGCUAGCGGACCCCAUUUGGUUCACAGUGUGUGAGAGAUGCCAAUAUCCAUUUGUCUACAACUAGCACUCAGAUAGGGAUCCGGUCUGAAGAUCGACACUGUUUAGGUCGACCACUAUAGGUCAACAGUCACUAGGUCGACAGGGUUGGAAGGUUGACAGGUCAUAAGGUCGACAUGAGUUUUAAAAAAAAACAAAUAUUUUUUUGAACUUUUUCAUGUUUAACGAUCUAUGUGGACUACGAUUGGAACGGUAAUCUGCGAAGCCAGCGAGGUAUGCGAGGGGACACGGUGCACUAAUUGGGGUUCCCAGUCACUCUACGAAGAAAACAACACAAAAAAACACCUCAUGUCGAUCUAGUGACUGUCGACCUAAUGAUCCACACCCCUCAGAUAUUCUCAACUAAAAUGCUGGCAUGGUUGGACCAUCUGUUAUUUGUUUGUUUUUUUAAGCUGACAUAUACAGUAAUUCAAUUUGUGCAGGGUGUAUUUUACUUAGCAGGUUGUUUUUUUUUUUGACAGUACUACUAUAUACUACAACUCAGAAUAAUCUAACAGCAAUUGUCAGAGAAACCAGUGUGUGCAGAUGAAAACAGCUGUUCAGUUUCACCCGCCAGAUCCUUCUAGUUGUAGAGAUUGAUUGUUUUCAUUGGUUUAUUGUUCAUUUUGCAAACGUAACGCCUUCAAGAAGCAUAUUAUGUAUAUUGACAAAUAUUUAUACAAUUUUCUUAUGCCUUUCUUGAUUAGCCACUGCAUGCUUUAUACAAUGUUCAGAUCUUUUGUCACUUAUAUAGUAUACCAUAUGAAGAAUUUACAUUUCAGUAGAGGAAUUCUAACACCUUUUACAUAAUUCUUAAGCUGUAUUUUGUAUAUGCAAUUGUAAACCAUGUCACUUGCAUCUUUGAUUGCAAGUUAUUGCUUUUUUUCUAAUUGAAACAAAAGUAAACUUCGUUUUUUAAAUGACCAUUUUUUUUAUUUAUUUUCUGUGUUUUUAAAAAUGUUUAUGGAUGGAUUAGAGUCGUUGCUGGUUACUGAACACUAGAACAUAAAGCGCAAUCUAUUAAUUCUUUUGCUGUUUUCUCACUGUUUAUUUCCUGCACUCCAAUUUUUCAACCAUUUCUCAUGCUAGUUAUUUCAUUUUGGCAUUUGUGUGGCAACAUGCGACUUUCUGAUUGGGUUAUUUAUAUUUAUUCUCCUGUGUACGGGCAAGUGCCUGCUAAAUGUUUGCCACGACCAGGUCUGACAGGAACGGUCACCCCGGGUCCCCACACAGGUCAGUCUAAUCCAGCAAUUGCAAAAAAACAGAUGUCUAGUGGCAUCUGUUCAGACAGGGCAUGCCUCAGCUCUGCAUGCAGUGCAGAGCAGCUCCCGAAUCCCCUCUAUCAGCGUCAUGAGACACCUCAGAUCCGUGACAUCGAUUAGGGGACUUGCAAGCCGCACUGCUCUGUAUGCAUGCUGCCACAGUGAGUACUUGGGGGGCACUGUGGUCAUCAUAUUGGGAUGUCAAGGCGCAUCCACAAGCCUUAAUCCGGCCCUGGCCACGACCGCACUUAAAGCUGGUCUUUCGUUUUAGAUCCUAUGUGCCUGUUACACUAUUUUUAUUUAUUUUUCCACAUUUGCACCAUGUUUUCUCUCCAUUUUGAGUGGCCUAACUAUGAUCUAUUAAGGACAAAAACAAAAAAAUUAUGUAUCAAAACUGAAUCUGAUUCUCCCAGUGCCUGUUAGGGUGGGUACACAUUAGACAAUAUGUUGUCUUAUACUGCGGAACUGUGCAACAUAUUGUCUUCAUAGUCCAGUAUGUAACCUCAUCUUCAGCGAUGUCGUCACGUCUGAUGUUCUGCAUGUCUGAUGUGACGACCCGUCGGAUGAUGACAUGCUCCUGGAUGCAGCCACUAAGCGAUAUAUCUUUCUCAGUGUACGGAUGAACAAUGUAUCUUUUGGAUCCCGUUUAAUUUGCUGGCUGUUGGGAUCCUGACGGUCAGGAUACCGACGCCGGAAUCCCGCCAUCCGGCAAUGCUGCCAGCCAGAAUACCGACGCUACAGGACUAUUCCCACUUGUGGGUGUCCACAAAACCCAUAGUGUGAGAAUAAAUCCAGUGACGAGCCACCGAGCCCGCAGCAUGGUAAGCGCAGCGAGCCCGCAGCAUGGUAAGCGCAGCGAGCCCGCAUUGGGACUCUCUUUGCUCGCCCCGCUGCCGGCAUACUGGCGGCUGGGCUCUUGGCCGCAGGUAAGUCAUACUGAAUCUGUAUCUUUACAUCGGUCGUCCCGUCAGCCGAGAUCCAAGUCCUCAUAGUAAUUAAAGUGCUGCGGUUAUAUUGGGAAAGCAGUAAACUAUAUAAUUAGUGCUUUCUGAAAAAUUGUUGAAGCACCUAAAAGUUAAGGGGUAUUUCAGAAACGUCCUUACUUAUUACUAGAACGGAUGCCAGCGCAUAAAGGUAAAUACAUUCACAAUGUUUGAGAGUCUAUAAUAUCAUUGCAAACAAGGUUAUAAAAUGUGCCAGCGCAUCAGCUAGUGGGUCGUCAACAUUGUGAGGGAUGUACUUUUAUUAGCAAAUAAACCAUAUUUCUCUCAUUUCUGUGGGGAAAAGUUGCUGAUGUUUUUUUUUUUUUUGGACAUUGUAAAAUAGCGUCACAGUUUAAUAUAGGAAAGGGCGUGUCAGUGUGACCGUGCAGAGCACAAUACUGUUAACCUCUCUGUACCUGAACAGGUUAGCGCAGUUUGGUAGUGCGGAUGUAAUCACUUGUAACUGGGAUGUCUAGGAAGCAAAUCACCAAAGUCUUAAGGGUUUUUUUUUUUUCUAUUGAGCAGCAACCCAGCACACAGAAAGUAAUCUCCUCGUCCUGUGAAAUGACAUGUAUUUUAUCCGCUCUCCUUUAAAAGGAGCCUUUUUUUAUACUGUUUAAAACCAGCUUCAUAAAUCAGCUCAAUGCAAGACUUUUCUGCGCCUCAGUACAACAUGCACAUAGCAGGUUUCUUUUUCUUCCAUGAACCAUUUUUGUGGAUGAGUAGGGGUUAAAAAAUAAAUAAAUUCAGGUUUCUGCAAAUGAGUUUGUGUAGAUACGGGGAGGGCCCUUGUGAUAACCUGUAUGAACAGGCCAUGCAUUAAAUAUUGGCUAGUAGCUUUAAUUCUUUACAUGAUAUAAAGUUUAUUUUUUGGGUUUCGUUCCCUGUUUAUGUGGGAUACAGUUAUUUUAUGUUCUUUUCCCCCCCACACUUCCCAUGUCACAUGGGGUAUUUUGAGGGUCCCCUUAACCCUCUGCAAGGACUUCUAAAGACUGGGGUCCUGUCUGUUCUUUUUUUUUCUUCCUGUAUUGGUGAUGUCCCAAUCUGCAUGGAGAGGAUAUUAGAGAGUAUAUUUCCCUGUACAGUGGCCCCACAUCUGCAAUGGGUGAUCUUGUAUUAACCCCGCAUGGAUUGAGCUGAGAUGUGACCCUGUGUCCUAAAGGUGCAGUGUUGUGUGGUCAAUCUUGUGUUGGUUUGUUACAGGUUAUGCACAGCUGACCAGCUUUUUAUAAAUUACUUGGAGUGUCAGAAAUAUAUUUUUGUAGACAAUGAACAAUAUGCCUUUUUUUCAGCUGGAUAGCUAAAACUGUGAAACAUUGAAAAGCUGUCUGUAAACAAGUGUUCUGUAUUUUCAUUGUUUUUCCAUUACCUAUUCCUUUUUUUUUUUUUUUUAUCUGACUGCAAAAUACUUUAAUUUUUCACUUGUAGUACUUAGAAAAUGGUUUGUUAGAUAGUUCUGUCUGCUAAUCAUUUCUCUGUAAUAUUUUAAUAAAGUUCUACAACCAA